UUAGCCAGAGGAGAUUAUAUAUGAAGUGAGGGAUAUCAACAUCUAGUCAUUCAAUAAUUUUAAUUCGUGUGUUUACUCCUUAUGUGUAAACGUUUUCAUUAUUCUCCUUUCAAGAUGCUGACGACUCGGUGGAGAAAGUGCCGCUCCGAAUACCUGAUUCCAGACCACGACACUGAUGCGCUUUGUGAAAAUUCAGGGUUUGAGUGCUGUGGUCAGUGGAAUUGCAGCUUGGACUCCAACAUACUGUUGACUGUUCUGAAACAAGAUGGCUGUUCUGGGCUGCUUUUAAACCUGUCCUGAAAUCUGGACAGUUGCUGCUCAGUAUGUGACUAGAAAGGCAUUCUAAACAACUUUCCGGGACAUCGACAUGUCUUAUAUCAUCAGAAAGCUUAAAUGUUUGUUAAUCUAACCGCAGUGUCUAAUUUACAGUAGCUAUUACAGCGGGACAAAAUACUAUGCUAUUGUUUGGGGAUAGUGCACAACAUCAGAACACUUAUCAAUGCAACUUGAUACAUUCACCUCUGACAUAUUGGCUACACAACACGUCAAUUAGCAUAAUGAAGGUAAGCCAUUGUUAGGCACCAAUGAGACCAGCGGUGUUCACUUGAUUGACAGAGUCUUGGUCCAAGGACCACCUAUCAUUUUGAAAGCGAUCAAGCUAGAUAGCCAAUGAGCUGGGCCUUCCAGCAGCAUGUGAACGCCUUUUGUACUACAAACAACCRUCAUGCUAGAGCUGUGGGCAACAGUGUUCAUUCUCUGGUGAAAGCAAACAGGACUCACGGUGGUUAAUGAUACGCAGUGGUUCGUUCUCUUCUACAAACUUUUCUCAAAACUAAAAAAAAGAAAACAUGGCUACUACUAGUGGAAAAGCUACAUCGAAGUCCAAGUUGACAAAUUUGGAUGAGAACAUUGCAGAAAUGGACUGGGAGAGUGACACAGAACUGAUGGAUGAGGACUCCAUGAGUGAAUACAGUUUUGAUUCCAGUGAGGAAGAAAUAUUUUUGGAAGGAGAAGAUCCACUUUUAGAUCAAGGUAGAGACUCCGAUGACAUCUGGGAGCCAUCUCCAAAGAAACCACAUUCAAGUCCAUCCCACACUCAUUCAAACAUAGGAACUGGCUCCUCCAGUCUGACCCCUGCUGCUGUCUCUGGCUCCACACCCACCCGGCCAUCUAGAGGUGUUAUGAGUCCAGACCAGAAGCGGAGGAGGGCCAGUGUACCAGCGGCAACUACCACCGAGGGAGAGGACCGUUGGCGCACUGUGCUAGAGGAUGAUGUGGAGCCACUUCGACCAACAUUUCGACCUAAAAGGCAGCCAGGACCUCAGCUGGACAUGACUGGAAAGUACAGCCCCCUUAAUCUUUUCCAGAUGUUUUUCUCCUCGUCAGUUCUUGAUUUGCUGGUGUCGAACACCAACAAGUAUGGGGCUAAGAAGCAAGCAGGCAAGAAAGAGGCAUGGAAGCCCAUUUCCAUCCAAGACCUGUACUGUUACAUCUCACUGGUCAUUUAUAUGGGGCUUGUGAAGUUGAAAACCCUGAAGGACUACUGGAGAAGCUCAAGACUCUACCAACUGCCUUUCCCURCAACURUCAUGUCUKGUAMGAGGUUUCUGACYRUCUCGCGGGCGCUUCAUAUYAGUGACCCACAAGCUGACGAYAACAAUGACAAGAAGAAGGGCACAGCAAGCUUUGAUAGGCUCUKCAAAAUCAAACCUCUCUACUCCAGCAUUGUUGAGGCCUGCAAGACCMAUUUUCAGCCUUCCCAGAACCUGUCCAUCGAUGAGMGGAUGGUAGCCUCAAAGGCCAGAAUUGGCAUCAARCAAUAUAUGCCUAACAAGCCAACAAGAUGGGGUUACAAGCUGUUUGUUUUGGCAGAUUCUGCAUGUGCCUACACUUGGAAUUUCUUUGUUUAUGAGGGSAAGUCCAUCUCAGCCACCGGUAUGGGACUUGGUUAUGAUUCCGUWAUGAAAUUAUUGGAUYUUCCACUGCUGGGGACGGGCUACAAAYUGUUUGUGGAYAACUUUUACACAAGCYCUACCCURUUUAYAGACCUGAGGAAGCUGAAUGUAUGGUCUUGUGGAACCAUUCGUCCCAACGGAGUGGGUUUUCCCAAAACAAAAGUAAACGACAUGCCUAAGAGGGCUGAAAGGGGUACCAUACGAUGGAUUCGUAAAGAUGACCUGCUCUUUGURAAGUGGAUGGAUGCCAGAGAGGUGGUCAUGUGCUCCAGUAUCCACAAAUYGUACAGUGGCGAUCACAUCCGCAGGCGUGCGAAGGACGCUAMUGGGACAUGGACCAAGAAAGAUGUCCCCGUUCCAGCUGCUGUGAAGGAUUACAAYAAGAGCAUGGGAGGUGUGGACCUGUCAGACGCKCUGAUAGGCUACUACAAUGUUCUCCACAAGACAAWGAAAUGGUACAAGACAUUSUUCUAUCACUUCAUCGACAUUGCUGUGGUGAAUGCAUUCAUCCUCCAGAAGGAGAAGGCUAAGAUCUGUGGAMAGACMCCCAUGACACAGCUAGCCUUCAGAGAGCUGCUCAUCCAGGAGCUUGCUGACUGCGGCACAAAGUCCACUGCAGCACCUUCUGUCCGCUCUACCUCUGUCCGCUCUACCUCUGUCCUCUCUACUCCUGCCUCCAGUGAUGUUCACCUGCCAAAAUACAUCACUGCAGACCUGAAUGUGCCUCAGGGCCAAAAGGGCUCAGUAGGAAGGCGUCGUUGUACUCUGUGCCACAAGAAAUCUCCAAUCGCCUGCAGUACUUGUGCAGUUACCCUCUGCUUUACAACAGAGAGAGACUGCUAUGGACCUUGGCAUCAGCAGCUCAAUCUGGUGUAGAGGUGUU